AUGGUUUAUGGUGCGGCGUUACAUUAUGGUGUGAAAACAUACAAACUUAUAAAUGAAAACAUCGAUCGCGUGUCAGCGCGGACAAUAGAAACACAGAAGCAGUUGACCAAGAUGUUAAUUGUUCAAGUAAGAGUUUUUUGUACUUGUACAGGCGUGUUGGGGAAAAUACAAAGAUAAGGAAAGACUUUUGACAGAAGCCGACCCAAGUUGGCAUUUUUUGGCUUGAGCUUCGAGGUCUAAAUCAAGCUCUCGAACCGAGCUUAGGUCUUGCAACGGAAGUUUUGACUUGCGAAAAGUGCAAAACAAAUGUGAUUUUAAAGCUGCGAACUUAAUAAAUUGAGUACAGACUGGCUUUUUUUGCUAAUUUACAGGUGCUCAACUACUUUCUUGACAUUUUUCCGACAACAUAGAUUGUCUUUCUAGCUUAUUUUUAAAACUUCAGGCAAUCAUACCCUUUAUAACACUUGUUGGUCCGCUUUGUGGAGAUUUUCUAGGCAUUCUUUUGGGAGUGGACUAUGACGGUUUAGAAAUUACUGUGAACGGCUGCAUGUCAUGGAUCCCAGUAUUAGACGUUUUGUCAACAAUCAUCUUCAUCAAGCCCUAUCGCCAAAACCUAUUAAGUUUUUGGAAAAGAAGGAAGUCAUUGGUUAGCCAUUCAUCGAUGAGUGCACACAAUCGGACGCUGAAUGGAACCAAUAGGGUCAUUUCGAGUUUGUAA